AUGGGUGACGGUUCUGAUUAUCCUAGCCCACGAAGUGAAGGUCCCGGCGGACCUACCUCAGUUUUAGUCGCUACCCAGGAACCGCUUGUCGCAGCACCCAAGAUGAACGUGAACGAACAACUCCCACCCAAUUUCAUGGAAGGGGCGCGUCCGCGACUGUCGGUGAGGCGAGCGCGGGAUCCGCCCAAGAACUCUGCAGGCCAAAUCUACUGCGAUCACCCGGAGUGCCAACAAUCGCCUCCCACUUUUCGCCGUCCAUGCGAGUGGAAUAAGCACAUGGACAAACAUGACCGCCCCUACAAGUGCAUGGAACCCGGGUGUGACAAGAUCCAGGGAUUCACGUACUCAGGCGGUCUAUUGCGGCACCAGCGCGAGGUGCAUAAGAAAAACAUCAACGCCAAGAAACCACUGAUGUGUCCCUACGUCGAUUGCAAUCGCAGUACAGGAAACGGGUUUACGCGCCAGGAGAACCUGAAGGAGCACCUCCGCCGUCGCCACAUGCAUACCGAGAAUGGUCCUGCACCAGAUCUACCUCCCAUCCCGUCUCCGGAUGAUCUGGAAGACGCCGCAGCUCUUGGCGUGCCUCCUACCUUGAAGCGCAAGCGCGAUGCUAUCGAUGAGGAUCCUACCUUGGAUCUCUCCGAGGAUUCUGGGAACGGCGUCACUCUCCGAAACGAGCUCAAGAGACUGCAGCUCGAGGUCCAGGAAAAGGAUCGCCGGCUGGAAGAACUCGAAAGGAUUGUCGCUGGCCUGCAGCAAGCUAUACCGCAGACCGCGACCUCUCAAGGAUAG